AUGUCAAAUAUUCAUAUUAGAUUAUGGAUAAGUCAUAAAUGUUUUUUUUAUCGUUAAACUAGUGUAUAUUUUAUUCAUACAUUAUGAAACAUUUACGGAUUUUGUACAACAUGUAAAUUAAAUUUUGAAUAACUUGUGAUUCAUUAGUUACAACAAAACAAAGUUAUGGAUUCAUGCAGAGUGUGUAUGGAUGAAAAGGCAGAUCUAUCUGAUAUAUUUACUUCAGAUAUAGCUGACAAAAUAUUUUUUUGCACGGGAAUACAGAUAACAAAAGAUGACGGGUUGCCAUCUCAAAUAUGUGAUGUGUGUUUUAACAAUUUGUCAAUAGCAUACAAUUUUAAAACACAAUGUCUACUCACUGAAAGGACAUUAAAAAAUAUUAACAUUGAUAUAAAAUAUGAUGUAACAGAAGAGAGUGGAAAUACCGAUGAGGGUGUGGGAAAUGAUUUUGAUUUGAAAGAGGAAGAAUCUGAAGUGGAUGUUCACAUUAAAGUGGAACCUGUAGAUAAUAGACGGAGUACAAGAAUUAAGUUAAUGAAAAUUGAAAGUAUAACAGAAAAUGAGGUAACAAAAGUGAGGAAGAAACGAGGUCCGUAUAAAAAGACAGGUCAAACACGAUUGUCAAAAUUUAAGUAUAGAAAACUAUUCUGUGAGCCGUGCGGACUUAAGUUUAUGGAUAAAGAAGAGUCUGAUAAACAUAAGAAGGAGAUACAUAAAGGAGAAAGUUUUAUCUGUGAGAUAUGUGGCAAAGUGUUUGUCCAUCGUGCGUCUCAUUACUCCCACGUGCGGUCUCACCUGCCGCCGCAAUACGCCUGCGACUCCUGCGACUACCGCACCCCGCACAAGCACGAUCUCAUCAAACAUCUCCGCAUACAUACAGGUGUGAAACUCUACCAAUGCAAGCAUUGUACCGCUUCCUACCAUGCUUCGUCUAACCUCACUAGCCAUAUUCGGCGCUGUCACACCCGCGAGCGACGUCACGCCUGUCAUCUCUGCGACAGAGCAUUCUAUGACCGUACAAAACUCAAUCGUCAUAUCGAUUCGCAUAAUGAUAUCAAACGGUUUGAAUGUGAUAUAUGUCACGCGUGUUUCUCGCGACGUUGUUAUUGGAAGAAACAUCUGCAACGACAGCAUGGGGUGGUUGUACCCCCGCAGCGCCCCGGCAGGCAGAAGACCAACAGACAGGUAGGCACUGGGAGCCAUACUAACGUGAUGGCUUUAUAAAAGAUCUCGCGAGUCAGUUACAUAAAUUAUACUCUAACCAAAGUGAUUCAAAUGUAAAGAAUAGGGAUAGUUGACACUUCAUUUGAGACAUUUUUUAUAUCACUAAAGCUGUUGACAGACGACCACAUGUCAAUAUGUGGUCUCAAACUAGCUCGCCCGCGACUCCGUCCGAAUGUGUGGAGUAAAUAGCCUAUAGCGUGUCGUAAGUUUUGAAUAAAAACAAUUAAAAAAAUGUGCUGUGAUUGCUGAAAUCUAUACUCUAUACUAUUAUAAUAAAGCGUAAACACUCACUUCUUUGUUGCCUAACAUGUCAGCAAUUACAGCAUGUUUUUGAAUCAUUCUUUUUUUAAUAAAAAGCCCUACACUUACGUCAUGCUUUAGGCUAUAUAUUUUCACGCUAUUAAACUUAGGGAGUAAAUGUUAUGGAGAAAAACCCUACUGUGGGAAAGAGACCAUCAGUUGCUGCCAACAUUAAAGAAAAAUUGCUAAGGUUUGUCAUGUCAUGUCAUUUUGACAUUUGCUAUUGAUAAUUUGACAGAUGUAAACAAUUAAAUAAAAUUUUCAUAAUUUUAUGCGGAUAGCCGCACGGGAACAGUUAGUUUUACAUAAUAAUGAAGUGUGUUUACGGUUUAUCAUAUUAUAGAUAGAUUUACAAAAUGAAAAACUUUGGUUAUUGUUUUGUAAUUGUAUACAUAUUUAAGUAGCUGACUUUACAUGACAAGACGAAAGUACACAAGUUGAACCAGCUGUAACCAGAGUUAGGGAUGCCAUAGUUUUCCAGCAGGCGCUUAACACAUUUUGUAUAUUGGUAUAUAGAUAAAAUUGUACAUAUAAGGUAAUUAAUAAAAAUGUUGUAUAUUAUAUAU